GUGAGUGAUUGAAUUGGUGGCACUGACACUUCUUAACCGUCUAAUUUCUCCUGUUAGCUUUACAGGAAAUGGAUAGCAGAAUCUAAAACAAAUCAGAAGCGGUAGCCCUGUUUGCCAGUUUAAGUUAAAAAUGACAGUGCUUUGUGGCACCUUAAAAACUAGCCGAUCCGGAACGUAAUCCCAAACAUGUAAAAUCCACAGAGUUAAAUGGACCUUAUUCUUUCCCAAGUAACUGUAUAUGGGAUUGCAAUUUUAUUGUGGCGUGGCUAGGCCACCGAAUUGCUACAUAAUAAGAUCUGUUAAUCUUAAACAGUGCAAUCCUAUGCCUAUUUACUGAGAACUACAGUACUGUACUUAGAACAGCAGGGCAGGCAGCUGUGCACAGGAUUGUCCUAUGGUGUCACAUGAUUCUUUGUUGUAGUUUUUGAAGAUAUCAGAUCAGUUUUAAUUGAAUUCACUUCUCAAUAAGCGCCUUUAGAAUAUAGAGCACCGUUGACUUGAGCCCUGAACAAAAUAUCAAAACCCUAUGAAGCCGGCUAGCAACGGCCUUUCAUACUGGUGUGUGACAGAAAGCCUGCAGGUCUCUUGCCCUGGUGUGUACUUGACAGAGAAGAGUGAUGUUUAUCUCCAUGUUUGCAUCCUGGGUCAGUGCAAGGAAACUGAUUGCCUUCGACCCAUCUUCCCUCUUUUGUUUCAUGAGAAAAUGUGGUUUGAAAAGGUAUUUGAAAACGCUACAGAUCCUAUUGCUGUAGUAGAGCUGCUCGAAAAAAAUGUAACAAGGUUUCGAUUAUCCGAACUGGUACCUUCAGAGAGAGAAGAUAUUGCAUUUUAUGAGGACAAUACUCGAGAUUUUCUAUUUCCAGAGCCCAAAUUGACUCCUACAUAUCCUGGAGUGGACAGAGAGUUACUAAUGAAUACUCAUCCUUCUUUCCCAGGCAUUGCACCAAAAUUAGAGUUUUCCACAAGAACAACUAUUACAGAACUACCACUUCUGUCCAGAAGAUGGUAUCGUGACAGAAAUAAAAUCAGGUUACGAAGGGCUGCUUCAGCAUCACCCCAGCGAAGGAGCAUCUCACCAGCACGAUGCAGGACGAUAAAGAAUAAGGGCUGUACACGAUUUACAAGAUCCUUAGAAUCCCGCUCUCCAUCUCCAAGUCCAUCAAGACGCCUUCAGGAGCUUUGCAGAGAAAGUCAGCAGCAGACAUCUCCUCUGAGCUUGAGGUCUGCUAAGUUCAAGGCAGAAACAGACCACAGGCCACCUUUUGUAGUUAGACAUGUAGAUCCUUCUAAAAUGUUUGAAAAACAGGUACCAUAUCGGAUUCCAAGCCACAAUGUGAGCCCAUCAAGGAAUUCUCACAAACUUCAGUUGAAACGAGCAUUAUCGUUUGAUAGUUGGAAAGCAGCCUGUCCAGCAGCUAAGGUGAUCAGAGAGCCAGAUGAGCAAUACUCUUCAGAUCAUGAUCCAUCAUCACUUGAAACAAGGGAACCUGCCAAUUACUCUCCAGCUUUUUGCCACAAAGCUUCAUUUCCCUCCCCAACGCAUUACCGGUCACCAAGCCCUGGUGGGAGAUGGGCAUCUCCUCAACACAGGAUAUAUUCCAGCCCCAAUUCAAGCUGGGAAGAGAUUAAUGAGAGAGUAAAGAAUCUCCUAACCUCAGACGAGGCCAAGCAAAGACUAUCCAUUGGAGCCACUGAUUUUGAAAUUGAUGAUGUCCUUGAAAGAAGGUCCAUCUCUUUGAGGAGUUUCCCACAGUGUGAUUCAAUGGAAUAAAGAUACCACUCGUAGCUGUCAUUGGCAAGAUAGAAUGCAGUGGCCUUGGAAUAUCAACCUGAAGACCCGUUGCUGACAAGAUUUUUGUUCUAGAACCAACUGAUGGAUGGUUUAUUUUCUGUGUGGUGUUUUGUCUAAAUUGAUUUGAAAACAAGUCUAUUGUAGUGCUGAUUA